AUGAAUGCACAAAAGGUCUUCAAGGCUUGUGGAAGAUURGCUUUCGUUAUACUGAUGGCGUUACAAACUUUCUUUCUGUCUAUGUAUCUGGUAAAGUAUUCCAGUAUCAAUGGCAUUAGUUGGGUGGGUUUGUUAGUCCUCCCUGCUCUAAUUCUUUGGUCCAGAAUACUAGGAAUCUUAGGAGAGCCGUGUGAUGAAAAUCAACUAUCUAAACUCUGGUCAGUAUGGUUUUUCUAUGUAGUUGAAUUGAUUGUGUUUUUUGGGAUCAUCUUUGGAACUGACGUGAGAGAAAAACUAGAUAAAAAGAACGUUUUUGGUCCAAAUGUUCUUAAGACAACCAUAUGUAUAACGCCAGCGAUUGCCCUUCUCCUCAUCACAACAGCGUCUGAUUCUCAAAAGUAUGGCGACCUUGUGAAUCAGCUAUGUGGAAAUAUCGUUCUAGAUCUUUUCGAUACCAUCGAGGCCCUGGCUAUAGUGAUUGCUCCAGAAGAUCCAACAUCACACCUUGACAAAUCCUUGAUCAUCAGCAUUGUAGUGAUUGUGGGAAUAGCUCUCUUGCUUUCACCUUUGGAAAUGGCCGAAAACAAGUUCCUACCACGAGGAGAAACCAAAAUAAGGAAAAAGCUGUAUUUCUGGAGAUUACUGUUGGAGAUGUUGCUGGUAAACAUUGCUCUGAUGAUUGUUCGUCUCAUUGCAUGGCUGAAAUUCAAGCACGAAGCGUCAAUUUUUAUCGCUAAAAACGCUAUCAUAGUUGUUGUUUCUAUAACCAACAUUAUGAAAUUCCAGAAAUGCUGUGGACUUGGUGAUAAUUGA